GGAGGGCGGAACCGGGAGACGAGGGGAGGAGACGGCACGGAGGCAGCGGCAGGUCCGGGGGCGGAGGGUCCGGUAACGGGGAUCGUGCGGGUCGGGGGUCCGGGAACAGUGACACGAUUACUACGGGGGUCCGGUCCCGGUCCGUGCGGAGCUGCGGGGCUCUCAGGCAGGAGGUGCAGGGGAAGGUGCCCCACACCGCUCCCCCCCCUUCGAGCCACCCCCCAGGAUGGCAGGACACGACCCCGCACCCUCAUGCUGUGACUGCUUCGUGGCGCUGCCUCCGCACACCGCAGCGCCCGCCGUCGUCUUCGGCAAAAACGCCGACCGACCGCGGCACGAAGUGCAGGAGAUCGCCUACAUCCCCUCCGCCGUCCACCGCCCCGGGGACAAAGUGCAGUGCACCUACAUCGAGAUCGAGCAGGCGGAACGGACCCACGCGGUGGUGCUGAGCCGUCCCGCCUGGCUGUGGGGCGCCGAGAUGGGUGCCAACGAGCACGGGGUCUGCGUGGGCAAUGAGGGCGUUUGGACCCGGGAGCCUGUCGGGGAGGGUGAGGCGCUGCUGGGCAUGGAUUUGGUGAGGCUGGGCUUGGAGAGGGGCGGCUCUGCCAGGGAAGCGCUGGAGGUGAUCACGGCGCUGCUGGAGCAGCACGGGCAGGGUGGGAGCUGCAAGGAGGAGCCGAUACCCUUUGUGUACCAUAACACCUUCCUGCUGGCUGACCGCCACGAGGCCUGGGUGCUGGAGACGGCCGGCCGCUACUGGGCAGCCCAACAGAUCCGAGAGGGCAGCCGCAACAUCUCCAACCAGCUCAGCAUCGGGACGGACAUCACAGCUGAGCACCCAGGGCUGCGGCAGCGAGCCCAGAGCCAGGGCUGGUGGAGCGGGGUCGGCCAGUUCAGCUUUGCUGAGGUUUUCUCCCUGGCACAGCAGCCGCCACGCAUGGAGGCUGCCAAGAGCCGCUAUCGUGCUGGCAAGGAGCUGCUGCAGCAGCACGCAGGACGCAUCACAGCAGAGACGUUCAUGGCCAUCCUGCGGGAUAAGGACAGCGGAAUCUGCGUGGACUCGGAGGGUUUCCGCACAGCAGGCAGCAUGGUGUCCGUGCUGCCCCAGGACCCUGCCUUGCCCUGCGUCCACUUCUUCACGGCCACCCCGGACCCCUCCAGGUCUGUCUUCAAGCCCUUCGUCUUCGUGCCCGGCCUUAAGCCUGCGCCACAGGUGAGUUCUCCCACCUUCAGCGACGACCCCGCCAAGAAGGUGCCACGCUUCCAGAGCACGGUCGAUCGGAGGCACGAGCUCUACUGCCGGCACCAGGCAGCGCUGGAGCUGAUGGAGAAGGACCAGGAGCGGGGCCAGGAGCUCCUGCAGACGCUGCGGGACCUGGAGAAGCAGGGCCUGGAGGCGGUGAAUGCGCUGCUGGCGGGGAACGUGGCCCCAAAGCCAGAGGAGCUGGCCGAGCUCUUCUUCGACUGCGUGGACGCAGAGAUGAAGUUUUACAAAUAAACCCCGUGCAGGUGUGUUAGGAGGGGAGAGGAGCUGAGGUCGGGCUCCAGCUCAGACCCCACAGCGUUGUUCCCACCCGGGGGUGAGAAACCCUUCCUGGUGCCCUGCCCUGCUUCCUCGCCUCCUCUCCUUUUGGAGCUGUGGAGGGGAAUGGUUCCACCAGCACCUUCAGCCCUGAGCAGUCAAUCAGUGCUUGUGGGGGUGGCUGUGGUGCGGAAGGGGGCGCAGGGAAGGGGUGGGGUUCCCUUUCUCAGCUUGGCACGUUGUUUCCCACCAUUAGCAGAGCUGCUCAGCCCCUCAGCAGAGGACACAGCUGCUGGCUGCAGGGCUCCGUGUCAGACAGAGAUCAAUGUAAGAAUAAAGAGGCUUUAAUUCCAA